CGUCCGGUACCCCUUCAAGCCAAACCCUGUUUGCGAGUGCGUCUCAUUUAAUAUCGACGCGGUGAAGAGACGAGCCGGGGAGGGAAAGAAGACGGAGCUCACAAGAUGAAGGCAAUGGUCUAGAUUUUGUCUUCCACCCAUUAUGCACCAAAUUGAUCGACCAGGUCAAUAGGUUUGGCAGCCUUUUUUGAAUGUCUUAUUCUUGUUAAGGGCAAAAGAAAAAUUGGGGUUUUCGGUUUCUACCCCUUGAAGAGCAACAUUUCGACACCCUUUUGCAAUGGAAAAAUUCAAAUCGUUGAGGAAAGUAAAUAUCCAGAUCCCCGAAACUGAUGACGAUGUCAUAGAAACACCAGAAGCCAAAGAGGAGAAAGGGAUUCGAUUUAAACCUCCCCAGAACAACAUCCCAGAAGACCAAGAGCCUUUCAUGGGGGUCAAGGUUAGAAGAAGAGCUUCGCUUCAUAGAGACCAUCAAGGAGAUUAUCUCGAUGUUCCUUCUCAACCCUCUCUCAUGAAGAUAUUGGAGAAACAAGGUGAUCGACAGGUUCUCUUUGCAGAUAAGGUUUUGAAAUUCACUGGAUCAGGGAAGAUGAAGCGGCGUAUUCUUUUAAUUACAGACUUUGCCAUUUACAUUGUUGAUCCGGAGACUGAUGCCCUUAAGCGGCGAAUUGCACUGGCAGCCGUUGAUAAGCUUUGUUUGAGUGAGCUGAGUGAUAAUUUUUUUGCCAUUAUCAUCCCAACUGAGUAUGAUAUUCUCAUAGCCAGUACUCGAAAGACAGAGAUUGUGACUGUGUUGGUGGAAGCUACCAAGAGCACAUCAGAAUACGAACUUGAGGUGCUUUUCUCUAACAGGUUUGAGUACCAUGCUGCUUCUGAGCUUGUCAAGGAAGUCGAAUUUGAGGAAGUUGAAGGAGGUGUUAAAACAAGGAUUUUGAGGAAGUGAAACAGCUCUUAUACUCGCCAUUUUACGUCAUGGGGGAUGGUACUGGAGAUUGACUUUUAUUUUUAUUCUUUUGUAAAGGUGAUUGAUUCUUUGUGGUUUGUGCUCCGCUUCCAAGGUUUCCCAGCAGAACGAUAUAUCUAUUCUUUU